ACUGCCGAAGUGAUAGUAUUAUUACGGCAGCCGUUCCUUGACGACGUUGUUCGUUCGUGCGCGCGUAUGUCAGUGUUUAGUUUUACGUUUUUUCGUUAUUAUUAUUAUUAUUAUUAUUUAAUUCUUCUAUCGUACGUCGUUGUUAUUCCAUCAACCUUGUAAACGGCAGUGCGCUCGUGAAAAUACAUUGUCAAAUCGAAACGCAAACUCAAUUGUGCAAAGCACUUGAAUUUUGAAUGAUAACGCGACCCCGUACGUGUCCAGUGCUUAUGCGCGUGUAUGUUGUGCGAACUUGUGCGUUUUACAUCAAUUAGUGUUGUCCAUCAACGACAGUGUUCCGUAGGUAAACGCGAACGCUUCUAGUCGUCCGCAACGACGGCGAUAAUGUUAAUGGAUGCCGAAUUGAAGAACUGCUCAGGUUUGCUGGGCAACGCUGGCGGCGGACACCACGCUGCUGCCGCGCACAUGGGCCACGCUGCAGCUUACGGUAACCUAAACCAGAUGGGUAUGCUGGCCGGUAUCGGUCCGGCGGGUGUAGUGCUGGGCGGUCAGCAAUCGUUGUCACCGCCACCGCCGCAUCACCAACACCAUCAGCAGCAGCAGCAGCAGCAACACCAACAGCAGCAACAACAGCAGCAUCAUCAUCACAUGCAAGCCGCUCAUCACCAACACGCGGGUCACGGCGGUGGACAUCUACAGUUGCCUUCGCCCAAUAACAAUAACGGAUCGGUCACUAACAACAAAAAUCAACAGCAAAACGCAGAUCGCGUCAAGCGACCCAUGAACGCGUUCAUGGUGUGGUCCAGAGGCCAACGUCGGAAAAUGGCCCAAGAGAAUCCAAAAAUGCACAAUUCGGAAAUCAGCAAGCGGUUGGGCAGCGAAUGGAAAAUGUUAACCGAAACGGAAAAGAGACCGUUUAUCGACGAAGCCAAGAGACUACGGGCCGUGCAUAUGAAGGAACAUCCUGAUUACAAGUACAGACCCAGACGUAAAACAAAGACGCUGAUGAAAAAAGAAAAGUAUCCGUUACCCGGUGGCGGCGGAGGUCCGCUAUCGCUGGGCGGAGGCGGCGGGCCCGGAGGAGUCCAGUCGGACCCACGAAACGCGGUUUCUCAGGCGUCCGCAGCCGUCCAACAACAAAUGGUCAACAGCGGCCGUGAGCUGUACCACCAAAUGAACGGUUACAUGCCCAACGGUGGUUUUAGCAUGCACCAUCACGACCCCAAUCCGUAUGCCCAACAGCCGUACGCUUCGGCCCAUAUGGCAGCUGCCGCGUCUCAGGCCGCAGCAGCCGGUUACCGGUACGACAUGCCCCAGAUGAACAACAACGCGGCCGCGGCCGCUUCGAUGCACUACCUCAACGGUAGCUACAACCUGUACUCGGAUAUGAACCAGUAUCAACAACAAGGUCCGCCGUCCACGUCGCACAGUCCGGACAGCAUCAAGUCGGAAAGGAUCACGCCACCCGUCCAAUCCGGCGGCCACUCGCCGAGUCCCAGGCUGUGCCAGCAACAGCAGUCCGGUGGAAACGGACAACAGCUACACCAGCAACAGCAGCUCGGCAACAGCAGCGAUCUGUUACGCAUGUACAUGCCACUCGAAUCCAGGCUGUCGGCUGCCGGUGGUGGCCACAACCCGUACCUGUCACAAUCGGCGGCCGUAGCGGCCGGCCACCAAGUGCACGGUCAGAAUCUAGUGCAACACCCUCAUUCCAUGUCGCCGGACCUGCAAAUGAGCCAUCUCAACCAUCACAUGUAAUCACCGUCCCGUGAGCCAUGUGUAAGCCAUAUACAUUAUAAAUAUAUAGGUUAUUAUAUACAUAUAAAUAUAUAUAAAUACGUUUAUAUAAAAUUAAAUAGAUACCUUUUUUUUUUUUUUUUUUCUAAUUUAAUUCCGCCAGUACAUAGCGCGUACUAUUAACUUAUUUUGUAACGCCCGAAAAAACAAAACUGUAAUAAAAGUUAUUAAGACAAUUGUUUAUUAUUAUUUUAUACUUUUUUUUUAUAUAUAGAUAUAUAUAUAUAUAUAUAUACGCUUAUUAAACUCGUGUUGGUGUUGUUUAACAAUAGUGGCGAUAAUAACGCAAAAUAACACAUUCUCUCUGAAAAACUAUGUGUAAAAAAAAAAAACACAACACAAAUUUCUGGAUGAUAAUAAUGAUAAUAAUAAUUAUAGUGUAAUGGUAAUAGUAUUUUUAGUUAUAUUGCCAAAUUAUUUAUUUAAACCGGCAGCCUUUUGUGUAAAUUUGUUUUGUACUUGGUACACAAAAGAGCGCCGAGCGAACUUGACUACAACAAUUUUAUUGGUUUCGCUAAAUUUUCUUGACCUUUCUAGUUGUUUUUAUUGUUACAACUAAUAACAAAUACGCGUUUAACUCUUGUAGUACUUACCAACUACGAGCCUCGAGGUUGUGCCAUAAACUAAUAAGAAUUAUUAUUAUAAUAAUAAUAAUAGUAUAUGUAACAUUAUGUUGUUAUUAUUAACGCCGCCGCGAUUGAUAAAUUUUUCAGAAAUUAUCUCAUUUUAGUCGGCGGCCGCACUCCAAUUAAACGGCCGAAAUUCUCUGCUCGUUUCUAAUAAUAAUAAUAAUAAUAUUUAACAUAUUUGUCUCUGAUUUCUCGACCGUCGUGUAGUGCGUGUAAAUGGUGUACCGGUUUUGUGUCGGCCACUGACGUUCAAUGUAAUAAUAUUGUUAUUUAUUAUUAAACACUAUGCACUCUGACCAAAUCGGGGGCGGGUUUUUAUUGCCGGCUGCCAAAGGGGAUGGAUAAUCGCCGACCCAAUGGGUUUAUUAUUAUUAUUAUUAUUCUGACGAUUUAAAUCGUCCACAGUUUUUUUUAUGAAUAAUUACACGAGGUUUUCCGAUGUCAACAACCGACAGAAGUUUUCUACUGUUAUCGGUCGGCAUCGAAUCAAAUACCGACGUCGACAGUAAAAAUAGAACCCGUUCCGAUUUUUACCUGAGAAUCGCUAAUAAUAAUAUCAAAUUUCCGUUUCGUUGCACAAGUCACGACACAUUUUGUGAAUCUCGUUGUUUGACCGGAUUGACUUUCGACACGACUACGAACAUGUCGUGCAAACGAUUGACAUUUCAACGCGAAAAAAUCAUUUUUCGCCUCCGUUUUGGGGCUGCGCGUCUCUCUUAGCGGUUCGAAACAAUAUGUUUUCUGUGCCAUUAUUUUUUUAUAUUUCUACCACUACUAUUAUUAUUAUUAUUAUUAUAAAAAAUAUAUUAUUAUCAUUAUUUAACGUUAGAGCUGUGAACACGAAUCAUCAGCAACACUCCCCUCCUGUACUGUUUUUAUUUUUUACACGAGCGUUGUUGUAAAUCCAACUGCGAUCACUAUGAUGUACAAUACAUAUUUUUAAAAAAAGUAUUAAUAGUAAUUUUUAGUUGAUAAUAUUUGUGUAAAUAAUGUUGUGUCGUGAUUAAGUGAUAAUGAUAUUUUGAAAAAAAAAUAAAUACAACAAU